AUGCAGCAGCAGCAGCAGCAGCAGCAGCAGCAGCAGCAGCACAAGCAGGACACAUCUGUGAGUGAAACGCCGUCGGCGGCAGCAUGCGUACCGCAAGAACGUAGGGCACAGCAGCAGACGGGGGAGGGAGGGCAACAACAACGAGCGCAAGAGGAACAGCAGCCGCGUCAGCAGCAGCGUGUACAGAACGAGGAGCACGAAGCGCGUGUCUCUGCCGGUGCGACGGGAGCAUCGGGUGAGGACGGGGAGGGCACGAGGCGGCGUUCGGCAUGCGACAGCUGCUCGUUGAAGAAGAUCAAGUGUGAUGGCCUGAAGCCCUGCCAGGCGUGCCGAAAACGCGGCGUGACUUGCCACUUCAGCGUGAAGCGACCGACCGGCCCCAGGAAAGCAGCUCUUCUCGCCACAGCAGCCGCCGCCGCGGCCGCGGCCGCCGCCGCCAACCACGCUACGAAGGGCGCGGCCGCUAGUAAUAAGGCGCCCCCCCCCGGUUCCCUUCUCAGGGACGCCAUGCUGUCGCCAAGGGGCGGCGGCAAGCGCAUUAUCGGCCUUGCCGGCGGCGGCGACGGGGCUGACGGGGCUGACGGGGCCGACAAAAACGCCGAGAACGGAGGCACCACUGCUGCCAAUGGAAACAACAACAAGACCUUACCGUCCCUGAUGCCGGCGCCGCCACCGGCGCCGCAGCAGCAGCAGCAGCGCGCCGGCGUCGCGACCAGGCAAGCGUCGGCCGCCAAGGCCGGAGACAAGCGGGUGGCAAAGACUCGCGCCGGCGCGGCCGGCGGCGGCAGCGGCAGCGGCGGCGGCAGCGGCAGCGGCAGCGGCAGCGGCAGCGGCAGCGGCAGCGGCAGCGGCAGCGGCAGCGGCGCCUCGGCCGGAUCCACCCUGUUCCCGCUUGCUCCCAACGCGGUCGCCGCCGGCGCCGACUCCUCCCCGGGCACCCCGCACGAGCUUGCCAAGGGCGUCAGCGGGGGAUGGACCGGCGCCACCAGGCAGGGCACCGAUUCUUCGGAGUCCGAGAGCGGGAUCGCGGGAUUGGUGGGAAGGAAGAGGUGGCAAUCCGUGGACGGCAGGGCGGACGACGGCGGUGGGGACGGCCACCUGCAAGGAGCCUCCGCGCGAGCUUCUGCCGCCAGCGGCAGGGGCGCCAGGCGCGGGGGCACCGACGCCGGUGGGACCAGGGGGGGCGGCAAGCGUGGGGGAGCUGGGGGCGCCGUGGAUGCAGGCGGAAGCGGCGGCGGAGGAAGAGGAGCGGAGGGGAGAGACGCCGGCAAGGGCGGGCGGCGGGUGUCUGCCGGUGCCAGAAGUGGCUACAGCAGCAGCAGCGGCCUCGCCGGCAAUCCGGCGGCGCAUCCGAGCGCGGCGCCUUCGGCAGCGGCAGCGGCCAGCGGCACCUCGCGGACCCUGAGCGACAGAGAUCACGGCCUGCUUGGCGUGUUCUUAAACACCGUGAACGAGUUCCUACCGCUCAUCAGCAGCGACGUCGUCGCCGCAAUGCGCGACGACAUCGUCGUGGACGGGAUGAACGGGGCGAGCAACAAGCGCCGCAGGCUAUCCCCGGGGUCUGGCGGUCCCGACACUGACUUCGAAAGGUUCGCGCGUAGCUCUCUCAUCGAGGCUGCUCUGAGCGUGGGCGCCCUGGUGACGAGGGACCAGGUGGCGGCGGUGAGAUUCGCGGAGAACGCCCGGCAGCUGCUGAAGGAAAUAUUCGACGUGCCCAGCGAGGAGGCCGCUAGCGCGUUCUUGUGUCUGGCCUACUUCAACACGUACAGCGGGGAGGCGCUCCGCGCAGACCUGUACUUGGUGCAGGCGCACAGCUUCUGCCUCAACCUGCCGGAAUUCCCCCUGAACCUGGAGAUCUGCAUCGAGCACCUGAGCCACGGGCGGCUGAAGAUCGAGCUCCGCCCUAACUUCCACACGUGGGGAAACCGCCGCUACAGGGUCCUACACGUGGCCAACCACGUGCUGUCCAUGCUGACCCAGACGGGGGACCGCGGCCUGCCCGCGGCCCUGCAGGCGGGCGACCCCCACGCGUUCGAGGGGGGAGAGGCGGCCCUCCUCCGGUGCGUGGAGGAGCUAGUCACGUGCAUCAGGAUCAGCGAGAGGGACACGCUCGCCAGGCUCAUUUGCAGCUCCUUAGUGGGGCUGCUCCUCAUGCUGCUGGGCCGUCGCGAGGAGAGCAUCGCCGUCGCCGAGUCGGUUGCUGAAGGAGUGACCCCCACCCCGGCCAUCACUCGCGUCAUGCCCUUGUCCUGGACCGCAACUACCGUAACUUCGGCCCUGCUGUUCAUUUACGAGAGGCACGGCGUGUACUCCCGCCUGUACGAGCUCGUGGCGCCCGCGCAGGGGCUCUCUGGCUCUGCGGGACAGGAAGGCGAGUGCGCGUUGCCCCUCCCGGGGUCCGACGUCGGGGAAUACCUCAGGCACGCCUGCAGGCCGUCCACCUUCUGCCAGCUUGUGGUGACCAUCUCGCGCCUGACGGACCGGGGCACCAAGAACUUUUGCCCCACCCCGGACGCCUCCCAGAGUGCGAGCCAAGACGAUCGUUGGCCGGCCAUGUCCGGGCUCUUCAACAACACCGGGGGUGACCUGGUGGGGUCGGCAGCGGCGGGAGCGGGCGCAAGGCUGGCAGAUGGAGGAGGAGGAGGAGGAGGAGGAGACACGAUGAGAGGGGGAGGCGGGCCCAGGGGGGCGGACGUUGAAAAGGCGGAGGAGGAAUGCGCCGGCACGCAGCUGGCAGAGCUGCUUGCCUCCCUGCCCCCGGCAUCGCCGCCCAAGCUCUCGGGCUUGGUUGACGUGGAGUCGUACACCGACCUCCCGUCACACAUGAACGACUUGGCUGUGGGGGCAGCGCGCGGAGGCAGCGGCGGUCUCGGCGGCGGCGGGGGGGGGCGGGCGGGGGAGUCCGGCUACUUCAGGGGGGCCUCCCCGUUGCCGUUCUUGGGCCGCACCUCUUCCCAGGGCCGCGAGCACCAGUACCGGCAGCAGUACCACCCGCCGAUGCUCCCGCCGCCUGAUCACCAGCAGCAGCAGCAGCAGCGGCAACAGUACCACCCUCCAAUGCUCCCGCCCGCUGACUACCUGCGGGAUCCGGAAGGGGGAGCACAAGCGGAGCCGCGAGAAUCCGCUGCCCCUAGGCAGUCUAUUGGGGGUAGCGGCGGCAGCGGCGGCGGCGGAGGCAGUGCUACAUCCAACAGCAUGCGCCGAGGCCCGGGAGGGGUCAACGAGACGCGCUUGUUGUCGUCGUGCUCGCUGUCCUCUGCUUCGGCGGGUCCCCUCCACACGCUUUCCUCGCAACGCCAGGAAGACGUCCUCGGUAGCUCUGGCGACGGCGGCAGCGGCGGCGGAGGCGGAGGCGGAGGUAACGCCAGAGAGUUCCUGAAGGGCCCGCAGCGGCACGGCGACAGCGAUGACUUCGGCAUGUACGGCGAAGAUCUGCUAGGGUCUCAUGCCUUCGACUCUGAUCUGAUGAAACUGAUGACCGCCGAGGCGAUCUGACGACGCUACAUCCUGAAGGUCAUAAGAUCUGAAUCUUGUUGCGUCGACACACACAUCGGGGCACGAACGAUGCAGUACAGGGGUAAGAAGAGUGUGGGAGCGUACCGUUUCUCUGUAUGGUUUUAGAGGCCUUGUUCUGGGCGGCGCGUGGGGGGGGGUGUACUGAUAGUCGUGCUUGUCGUAGUCGUUAGACCAUUGACCUCGCAUCCCUACAAAGCCGGGACGGAGCACGCCGGGUUCUCACCGGACCAGGCUCUCACAUCACCAAGCGCGAAGCGCCGUGAGAUAUUCGGCGAGUCAUGAAGGGGGAGGGGGGGGGCGGUGCAUUGCUAUCGUGUAGAUUUAUUUCUUGGGGUGGUGGUUUUCCUUGUCUACAUCGUUGUGUAACUUUGUUUUUGUGGAAGGUACGCCUGAUUUCGGCGAUGAAGUGUGAGGUGUUGAAGCACAGUAGGGCUCGGGGAGGGGAGUGUGGGGGGGGGGUUCAACCCAGAAUCAGGCCAGCUGUUCGAUGAGCUUUUUGUGCUAGUGCUUUACAUAUAUUAUUUAUAUUUUUUUUGGACUACGUUGUUUAGUACAGCAGCAGUAGUUUAGUGGUUUUUCAUGUGGUGUUUUUCUUCCAGUGUUGCAACGCAAGGCUGCCGUUAAAUUGAAGUAUUCUACUGUGUUGUUUGUUCGAGAAUGCUGCUGUUCCACUUUCUGCGUGCGGUUCCCCAGCAACCCACCCCUGUGCGAUUUGUGGAGAGUUACGAUACGAAGAUCAAUCACAUAAAUUUCAGAUGUAGCAGUUUCAUGAGGCAAGCGCACUCAGGUUGUUGUCCGUCCCUUGUCAACGUCGUGUUUUGCUUUUUUGUCUUCAUUGGUCUUCUUGUUUUGGUGUGCUUUAACCCCGCUCACACCCCUCACACCGCAAAGAAAACGCGCGAGGCUCGCUUUUUUUGGUUGUGCGUAGUGUUCGUUCGUUUGACUGCGGUGAGAGUGAAGUGUGGGGCGCCGAUAUUCGAGUCCUUUGGCGGUGUCACGCCGUGUUCAUGUUGCCGAUUGUCGGUGAUGAUAGUAUUUAUUAUGUCCAGAGAUGUGCUCGUCGAAGCCCCUCGUGCCGCCACUGCUGCUGAGCUGUUGCAUCGCUGUACACCUCAGAAGAGGCCGCACCAGGCCUGGCUGAAACAGGUGUAUCAUUGGGUAGAGACUAAGCGGACGAUAAUGUCCGUCCGGUAGACGAGGGGACGAUCGUUUAAAGGGGCCUUUUCGUGGCCGUUGUUACGUGCAACGAACACCAGGGCCGACUUUAUCGUUUGUGUGUUGUGAAGGGUCUCCUGUUCUAUUUAUUACGGGAUGUUGUUUGUGGGAGGGAAAAGACCGGCACGUACUAGCAUAGCGGAGUGUUCUUGGCCAUCCCUCCCGGGGAUUUUUCUAUUUUGGGUUUUCCGGCAGCUCUCAGACAUCGUCGGAGCAUGCGGUAGAAGAGUAGGCAUCGUCACAUCGACACUGUGUGUAGUCGUUAGGAUUUAUUUUUGAGAACAAACCAGAGGAGAGGUUGGUUUUGUCUUAACCUGUCUGUGCGGCUCUCUGUCUCCGGGGGGCGUUUGCAAGAAGUUGCCCAUUUUGGUUGCGCAUGAGACAGUAGUACAUUUUGUAUAGAACACACACGGUAUAUAUCUUAUUCCUUGUUGGUCGGAAGACGAGCAUGUAGUCUAUUGCACGCACGUAGAUCCAAUCAAUGUGCCGUGGUUCACACUCAGAUCUCCGUAUCUCCCCGCGAGGGUCGGUGUACGUGAUGUCUCGUUUGAGAGCGCGUCAACCUCUCGCGGUAUUGUUUCUGUAGCACCCAACAGAGCAAAAGGUAAUCAUUAUAUUGCCGUGGCCAUGUGUGUCGGUUGCCCACGUGCUCACUGGGUGUAGCUCCUCUUGGUCUUGAAGUUAGAGCGCGAUGAAGUCUAUGUCUACGGGCUAUACCUGGGGCAUCGAACGCUGUUGAGGCGAACCCCGCUCACGGGUGUGACUCUUCACGAUCACUCUCAACCCGGCUGCUUAUUAUCGGUUUGUUUGUUGUUCUCAAUUUGUUUGGUAAGGUUUGCACAGAGAGCCCGCAUGUAGUUAAGCCCUUGAUUUUUCCCCCUGAAGUUUUUGCAAAUUGCCCGCCUUGGGGAUGCUGGUCUUCUGCACCGAGCGAUCGGCACGUCAUCAAUCCUGCUGGUGGCAGCAGCGGCAAAAAUAAGUUGCAGUCGACCACAUCUACCUGCGGUGUACUUGUUGUCUUGUUUGGUGGAUGAUUCUUCCUGAUGGGGUUGCAUAGAGUUUUUAUUGUGGGAUGGACGUCAAAAACGAUAUUCCAAUAACUAUCUCCUUCCAGCUUGACUGCUGGCUUGUGGACGCUGAUAUAUGGUAACGAGACGGUGUCCCUGCGUUUAUCUACUGAUCACGCCCGCCCUGAAAGACCUUUGGGCUUGGCCUAGACCUGGGGUUCUUGUUCCUCUUGUGGGCUACAAGGCCGAUUUGAAUGUACCAAGGUUUUAGUGAAGGGUUUCUUCACCGGCCUCACAACCGGUACUCAAGUUCACACGUUCGACACUAUGUUGAACAUGAAGUCCUUGAUUGGUAUGAGCGCUAUCUGUACUACUUGCUGACGUCCUUUUUUCCGGCCGUAUAGUUCAAGGGCGCGUUUUAAGGACUAGUGAAGAAGGACGAACAUGAACGUGGUGAAGCUAUUGUAACUAGUGAAGAAGGACGAACAUGAACGUGGUGAAGCUAU